UGAUGGCCGUCUGGUAAUUUGCCCACCACCACGGCGAUCCGUCCGUAAUUUCGCCGUCCCCUGGCCCACCCGGGGCUCUUCUUAAAUGCCCGCAGGUCCCCCAUUUUCCCGCCCACGUCUCAAUUCGGUUCCCCCUUCAGUUUCUCUUUCCCCGUCUGCUCACCCCCUGUAGAAAAAAAAAAGAAAGAAAUAAAAAGAGGAACGCGCUCACCCCAGAUCAAGAACUAAAACCUUCCCCCCGCUCCUCUUUACCGCCUCCCUGUCCCUCCAUGACCUAAUCUUCUCUCUCGGCCAUGCCGGAUCUAAGCAAUCUCCUCCUCCCUCCCCCUUCCCCUCCCUUCCCCUCCGUCCCCUCCUCCUCUUCUGCUCUUCUUCCCGUCCUGCAGCCCUGCGACCCGUCCUGCUCUUCCUCUUCCUCCCGACCCGAAACCCUAGAUGGCGAUGCCCUCGACUGCCGGUGGAGCCGCCGCCUCAGAUUCCCCAUCUCCACGCGCGGGACUUGCUCGGUCCUCAAGCGGGAAAGGAGGGGGGCCAAGAAGGCCAGCGGCGGGGUGUUGCUCGCGGAGCACGUCAGGGCUUGGGUGGAGAAGAAGGUGGCUUCCGGGGUGCCAGAGAGGGAGUGCUUCUUACCUUUCCUCACCAAUGCUCCGAACUUGGUUGAUUGUCAGAUGUGCAAUAGAUGUAUCUACCCUGGUGAAGAAGUACAAUGCUGUGUUAAAGGUUGUCGACAAGCUUUCCAUCUGAUGUGUGCUAAACAAAAAAUUGGACUCCCUAACCAUAAACCUUUCAAGUGCCCUCAACAUGGUUGUUUCCUUUGCAAACAGAAAUUUUAUUGGCGUUGUGUACGAUGCACAAUGGCUGCACAUCCCAAAUGUGCACCAUGGCCUGAAGAUAUCAUCUAUCUAACAGACCGACCAGGGACAUUAAUUUGUUGGAGGCAUCCUUCUGAUUGGAGGCUUGAGAAGGAGCAUGCAGAUCCCACAAGCGAUGUUGAGGAGAUCUUUAGCCGCCUGCCACUUCCAUAUGUUGAUGAAGAGUAUAAGAUUGGUUCCAUUUUGAAAGAUGUUUUGGAGAACAAAAAUGAGCCGUCUCCUUACAUACAUAUCAAGCGCAACAUUUAUUUAGUUAAGAAGAAGCGUGAUGUUGCGGAAACUGGUGUUGGGUGCACAAAUUGCCGUGCUGAAUCCAUAUGUAAGGACGAUUGUGAAUGCAGGGGUCUUUCAAUCAGCUGUUCCAAGGCCUGCCAUUGCUCAGACGUGUGCACAAACAGACCAUUUCGCAAGGAGAGAAAGAUAAAAAUUGUCAAGACAAAACUUUGUGGAUGGGGAGUAGUGGCAUUAGAGGCAAUGGAAAAGGGAGACUUUGUCAUCGAAUAUAUUGGAGAAGUUAUUGAUGAUGCUUUGUGUGAGCAAAGACUUUGGGACAUGAAGCAUCGAGGCGAUCGAAAUUUUUAUAUGUGUGAGAUUCGUAAAGAUUUCACAAUUGAUGCAACUUUUAAAGGAAAUGCUUCUCGUUUUUUAAACCACAGUUGUAAUCCUAAUUGCAAACUAGAGAAGUGGCAAGUUGAUGGGGAGACACGUGUUGGUGUGUUUGCUUCUCGCUCCAUAGAAGUUGGGGAGCCUUUGACAUAUGAUUACAGAUUUGUGCAUUUUGGGCCUAUGGUCAAGUGUUACUGUGGGGCUUCCAACUGCCAAGGUUAUCUGGGGAGUAAGGCUUCCAACUGCCAAGGCUAUCUGGGGAGUAAGAGAAAGAUAAACCAGGUGGCCUCAAGCUGGGGAUGCAAAAGGAAGAGAUCUGUUAUUGCAACCCGUUCAUCAAGUAAAUAAGCAUUUAUUUGAAGGUGCAAUUUUGUCAUUUAAUUGAUUUACCAUUUUAAUGCAAAAUGCGGGCAACAGAAGAAAACACUGGUUUCCAUAUCAUUUUGUAUUGCUAGGCAGCAUAACAUUCAUUAACAUUGGCUCCAUUUAAUAUUCUUCUUGGCAGUCUUCCCCGAUUCUGGUGGUGUUGUAUUAUUUUGAGAAGUGUAAUGUUAUUGGUGAUUCGGUAUAUAGUUGUAUUCAAGGUGAUUCAUACAAUUCAAAGUGAGCUGUCAGAGAGAAUGCAAUUAGGGGCA